UUCGUGAGCAUUCUUCGCGCUCGCGUUCGCUUCGCAUGUGCAAGUGGUGGGGGUGCACAACUACGGGUGGGGAGCUGUACAAGAACGCAGAAGUCCUGACGCAGUCACUCAGCCCAGAGGAACCCGCAAGGCGUCCGGCAUCUCAGCCUUUGCGACAGUCUUUGCAUCUGCCGUCACUGAUCGUGCAGCACUGCAUAACGCGUCUCUCCAUCGGUCAGUGAGCAGCUUGUUGUUCUGCCUCGUACAACAACCCACCAGCUGCUGGCGCAGCCACUUCAAUGGACGCAUAGCCAAACCCACGCCGUUGACCGCCGGCGCCGAAGGUGAGCUGCUGGGGCUG